UAAGCUUAAUUUAUUCUUAAAUGAUGAUUUUUGGCCUGAUGGUAUUAUGUUUCGCCGUUUUGUUCAUUUUAAGUAUGAAUCAAAGCACGAUAAUAGUAAUGGAACAGUUAGUUAAUAGUUUACUAAAUGAUGGUAGAAGGAACAAACAAUAUUUGUAAAUUUACGACUUUUAACUGUAAAAAUUUUAAAAGUUCUAUUGAUGAUAUUAGAAAAUUAUGUAAUUGUUCGAAUUUAAUCUGUCUCCAAGAGACGUGGCUUUUUAAUCAUGACAUUCCGCUGUUAGGUACAGUAUCACCUGAUUUUGAAUAUACUGGUAAAAGUGCUAUCGACAGUGGUGAAUUGUUGAUCGGACGGCCAUACGGGGGCGUAGCCAUUUUAUGGCGGAAAGGAGUCUUUAAUAAUGUUUCGGUUAUUGAAUGUUCUAGUUCCAGAUUAAUAGCUAUUAAUGCGUCCGUAGAUGGCCGUUCUGUCCUGGUCUUUUCUGUCUAUAUGCCCACAAAAUCCAGACACAAUCUACCUAUUUUCACAGAAGUUUUGAGCGAGAUUAACGCAAUUGUAGAAAGCAACAAUACACAAACUGUUUUUAUUCUCGGAGAUAUGAAUGCCCAUCCUGGUCAAUUGUUCUAUUCGGAGCUGAGUAGUUUUUGUGGGGAGAGGUCUUGGUUGUGUGCGGAUGUAGAAUUUUUGGGAUUCGAUUCUAGCUCGUUUACUUUUUAUGACACCUAUCAUGGUACGGGGAGCUGGCUGGAUCAUUGUGUUGUUUCUCAAGCAGCCUGGCAAACCGUUGUAAACGUAGGUAUAGUCGAAGACAUAUUUGUAUCUGACCAUUUACCUAUAUUUCUUGAAAGUAAGUUAGGAGAUAUUAAGCCUGUGAUUGCGACCCCGGAUGUUCCACGCUCUGCUAUACGGUGGGGUGAGCGUGACAAACGUCAGAUAGCCAGAUUCCAAAUACUGUGCAACGAGGGAUUGCGAAGUGUUGAUUUUCCUGAAGAUUUUACAAAAUGCGCUUACGGGUCAUGUAAUCUAUAUGAGCAUACCAUAGUUUUGGAUAAAAUGUACACUAAAUUAAUAUGUCACAUUUUAAAGUAAAAUCGCCUCUGGGUCCUUCCUCCACAAAAAUCGAUGAUAGGGCCGUUGCGUGCGGCGAGAAGCCUUUACUCAAUUUCUCCGCUAAACAAAUUAAAAAGGUCAUAAGUUGUAUGCGUAGAGGCAAAUCUCCCGGUCAUGAUGGGCUG